AUGUUGAAGUAUACCUUGAAAAUCUCUCACGCCUUACGAGACUGGGUACAAAUGCUUUGUAACAUACUUUACCUCGAUUUGGAACCAGAAAUUUAUGCGCAGACACCCAAAAAAAUCUCAAAACAACUGGAAAUAAUCAUGAGUAACUCCUCGGCCUGGCGUCAUUUGUACAUCAACCUGCUGUCGGCCAACAGGGUUUGGGAUAUGCGUGAUCUUUUUCACGCCCUGUGUUCAAGAUACGGAAUCGGAGACACAAUUAAACUAUUCACUCCUCGGGAACAGAUCCGAAGCGACAGCGUGAGGAUAGAGAAUUUUAUAGAGAGAUUUUUCGCUGCAUGGACGCACGAUUUCCACGGUGAUGAAUCAACAGAAUUAGCAAUUCUUGAUAUAUUAGUGACACUUUCAGUACAGCUGCUUUCACACGGCAGUCAGACUGAUGUUGUUGUUAAGCGAACCAUAAGUAAGGCCAUGGCCUACGCUAAUCAAUACGCAUUAUCUAUUAGUUUGAAUAAUCCUGAAAAUUUUCAAACAAGCCCCCAUCUGAGGUGGAUUUUAGCCAACGAAAGACUAGCGAGAGAAUCACCAGCAAACUCAGAUUUAUAUCCGAUUCCAGAUUACAAAUAUCUAAAGCAAUCUCACGGGGUUCUUGUAUGGACAUGUAACUUGCCAAUCUACGUUCCUCUAGAUCCUCGUGAAGCGGUUGAUACUACAGCAAUGGAGAUGCUAAACAACGAGUUGAGAAUAUUCGAAGAGGAAAUCUCUUCUUCAGGCUCAAAGGCUUUGAUGGUUGAUCCCAUAACAGAUUGGUGCCUACCAUGGAUACAAAGUGCUUUGUACUAUUCCCUUAAUCUCACAACACCAGAAAUUUCAAUCAUGAUGAACCAAGAGAAAACAUAUGAGGCGUUACCUUACGAUUUUAAACGCUUGUUAGCGGAGCUGGGAAAGAGGGAUGGCACUCACAAACUCUACCAUCCUAAAGAAGUCCUUCCGGAGAAGUUCGCAGAACCUUGCAAGGGGACAUUCUACCGAGAUGGUAAUUUUAUCAUCUGCGAUUCAUCUGGUUACUUUACAAGGCUUUUUACUGCCUCAGAUAAUGAAAAUUCCACUGACUGA